UUGGAAAUGCAGCUUGCAUUUUCAUGGUCUUUUUUCUUUUAAACAUCAUUAUCAUUCUUACUAAUGAAAUUUAUUUCAGAGCUGCACGUGUUUUGUUAAAUAAAAAGUGAGUCACUUCAAAAUCUAAAUAACUAUAAUUAUGCUUGGUAUUAAAAGAAAAAUUAACCCAAAAUCUCAGUCCCUUCAAAGUGAACUUUGAAUUACCCUAUGUUAGAAAUGGAAAGUUGUGUUUGCUUUUCAUUUGGAUUUUGUGAAUAUGAACAUGUUGUUACAGGAUUUACAGAUGACUUUACUUAACUCAAUAGAAAAAUUAUUUUAGAGCUCAUUGUAUUGGUUUUACAACCAAAUUAUAUUCUUGAAGUGAUUUUAUUAAAAUUACCUACAGUUUUCUAAUAACUUUUAAGCUGUAUAUGGUCUUCAUUGAAGAAGUUAAUAGAGGGAGUUUGCUAUACAAUAUCCUCGCCUCUUUUUUUUUAUAAUUUUAAAUUUUGAUCUAAUUUCUUUUUUUUUUUUUUUUAAAGAUUUUAUUUAUUUAUUCAUGAGAGACAGAGAGAGAGAGGCAGAGGUAGAAGCAGGCUUCCCGCGGAGCCGGGAGCCCGAUGCGGGACUCGAUCCCAGGACCCUGGGAUCAUGACCUGAGCCGAAGGCAGACGCUUAACCAUCUGAGCCACCCAGGCGCCCUAAAUUUUGAUCUAAUUUCAAACUUACAGAAAUGUUACUGGAAUAAUACAAGGAACUCCCAUAUGCCCUUGGUCCACAUUCAUCAUCCCAUUUUUUAAUUGCCCACCUCCCUUUCUCUUUUCUCUUCUCCUUCCCUCUCCCUCUCUCCUUCCUUACUUCUCCCUGGAUGUAUACAUGUCUUUGUGCAGAUGUAUGUUUUUAUUUUUCUUGGAUAGACUUCUAUGAUUGAAAUUGCUAGGUCAUGUAGUAAUUUUCUGUUUACCUGUUAAAGAACCUGAUGAACUGCAUCAUUCUCUACAUCUUCUAUAGUAUAUUCUCUUUUUUACGAUUUUAAUUAUUAGAGAGAGAGAGAGAACAAGCAGGAGGAGCAUCAGGCAGAGGCAGAGGGAGAAGCAGGCUUCCUGCUGAGCCGGGAGCCCAACCUGGGGCUCGAUUCCAGGACCCCGGGAUCAUGCCCUGGGGAAGGCAGAAGCCCAACCACCUGAGCCACCCCGGAGCCCCUGAAAACGACUUUCUAUUGCUGCAUCUGCUCAAUUGCAUGGAGACCGGCUGGGGCCCAGAGGGAUAUGGAAGAGGAAUAAACUGAGGGAGAGCUUUUUUUAGGCAAGUUUUCUGGGGGAUGAGGCAUUCAGCAUCCUGAAGUUUCAUGCUCUCUAGCCCCAGUAGUAUAGGAAGAGUGCCUUUCCUCACGGGCGAGUCUAACUCCUGCAAAGGUUCAGAAACGCUCAGCCAACUCUCGCCAAUGUUUGAAGGGGAACCCAGCCCAGCUCACAAGCGAUCGCUGAGAUUUGAGAGACUUGGACCUCGCACAUGCGCUUUGGGCAUCCUUGGCCGCCCGCCCUUUGCGCGCAGGCCCAGCGACGCCGGUUUGUGAGGCGCGCAAGCGCAUCUGUGUUUGGCAUCGUUGCUUGGUUACAUUACGCUGCGCUCAAAGAUUGUAAACCUGGCAAUUUCGCUAUUGUGAUGUAGUGGCGAGGCGGGUUUGGCUUAUCUCUAGCGCUAGUGUUGGGCUCUAGAGGCGGUGAAAAGCCGAGGGGAAGGGGAAGUGUUUGUAAAGCCUCCAGGCUUUGCGAUGAAGAAGUUUUUUAGCUUCGGGAGUAAGAAGGGCGGGUCGUCCUUUCGCGUUACCAGCUCGCGGAGGGACGGCCCGGGCAUCCUGCCUGAGAGGAGAAUUGGAACCAACAGCUUCGGGUGGGGGUACAACAUCCGAGACAAAGAUCUCAGAAAGAUCCACAAAGUUGCCAGCAUGGGCAACGUAAGGAAACUGCAGAAGAUUCUACUUUCCGGGAAACACGGCGUGGACGAAAGAGACCGGAUGAACAGGACUGCUCUUCAUUUGGCCUGUGCCAAUGGCCAUCCAGAUGUCGUUACUGUCCUAGUGGAGAGGAAAUGCCAGCUUGACCUAUUUGAUAAAGAUUAUAGGACUGCUCUGAUGAAGGCUGUACAAUGUCAGGAUGAGAGAUGCGUGAGUAUUCUUCUAGAACACGGUGCUGAUCCAAAUCUUACGGACAUUGCUGGCAAUACUGCUCUCCACUAUGCCGCCCUUGGUUCGAAUACAUCAAUAGCAGAGAAGCUGCUUCUACACCAUGCAAAUAUUGAAGUGAGAAACAAGGAUGAACUCACACCAUUUUUACUUGCUGUAAGUGAGAACAAACAGCAAAUGGUGGAAUUUUUAAUAGAAAAAGAAGCAAAUGUACAUGCAGUUGAUAAGUUGCAAAGAACAGCCCUCAUGCUUGCUGUACAUUAUGAUUCUGCAGAUCUAGUCAGGGUUCUUCUUCAGCAAGGUAUUAAUAUCUUUUCUGAAGAUGCGUGUGGAUGGACUGCAGAAGAAUAUUCUAUUUUUAAUGAUCUUAAAGUCAGUCGCCAACUAAUUGCCGAACAUAGAGAAGAAAAACUUAACAAUUAUUUGCAAAGUAAGAAUGCAGUGGCAGAUAAGAGUGCUGAAGAAGAGUCUUUAAGCAGUAUUUCUGUUAAACCUGGUACUGAUGAUUCAUGGCCUACAUCAGAUGAUGAAGACUUUAAUUUUGAUAUCAAGACUGUCCCAAAACCAAACUUGAGAGCGCUAAUGAAUGCUUCUGAGCAAUUCAAGAAUGUGGGAACAAAAUGUGGCCUUAUAACACUAGGAGGUAGAACUUUAUCUGAGCACGAUAAUUCUGAUUAUGAAGAUGAAAAUAUAGUUGGACUUCUUUACAAACCACCAUUCAAAGCCAAUGACUUUUCUUGUCCUGCUUUUUCAAAACCUUCUGUCAAAUCGUUAGCAGGCCAUGGUGUUAUAAAGGAAGGAGAGGUGCAGCCGGCAACUGGAAAAAAGGACAAUGGUGUUAAUAUUACUGAAAUUGCUCCACAAGAGCAAACAGUUAAUGACCAUCUGACUUCUGCUGAUAGAGCAUACAAAAGUAAUAGUAGUGUUACGAUGUCAGCGUUGGGAUUAGGAGAAGAGGAAGAUGGAGAAUCACCUUGGGAUUCUGAGAGUAUUUCUGAGAGUCCUCCAAAGAAAGACAUUAAACAUUUAUUUGGAGCUGCAGAUCAGAAAGGACCACGUAUAUUAAAUGAACAAGUAGAAGAUUCUCCUAAAAGUUAUCCUUACGUGAAGCCUACUGUUGAAGUGAAAGAUUCUGUUCCUAAUAAAACAGUAGAAGUGAAGGAAAAACAAGCAUCCAACUCAGAUUGGCCAGCAGAACUAGACUUAGAAAGGACAUCAGAGGAAGAGCAAAAAAGACUUGAUGAAAGUGAAAAUAACCACCUAAAGGAUAAAGGUAUUUCACAAACAUGUAUCCUGGCAGAAAAGACAUGUGAAAAUCAAGCCCAGCAAAUUAACGUUCCACUUUUGCAUCUGCAAAAAAAGUCUCGAGAACCAGAAAUGAAUAAGAAAUGUGAUAGAAAGGAUAAUAUAUCUGUAUAUUCAGAACAUCCUUCUGUGCAAAAGCGUGAGGAAAUCUCGAUCAAACAAGGCAAAUUGGUGUGGAAAAAUAAUCUAAAACACAUCAUCAGUGAGUUAAAGUGGAAGUUUGGUGAAACUUGUGAAAAACAAAAAAUUGCUCCUUAUCCUAAGGAAGAGUCACUACGUGGUAACUUUAAAGAAGGAGCAAACUUAAUGGAAAUACCUUCUAACUUGACAAAUGAUAGACUUGAUUGUGAGAAAAAGCAUAUAUUUGCAGUGCCUGUCCCUCUAGUAGUUCAGGCAUUUCCUGAACAAAAAAAUUCUAGUCUCAAAUAUGCUUGCCAGGCAUCUUCUGAUUUUUCUCUAAGUGAAAAUAAAUCAGACUGUGAAAAUGAUAGCAAACCAGACACGGAGCAUGUUUUUAACAAAAAUAAGAGUUUUAAAAGUGAUACAGAAACUAAAAAAGUAAGGAACCCACUCGCUACGUUUGAAGUGAAAGAAGACCAAGAGUUUGACGUGCAAAUGGCAAAAAGUAUGAACCAAAAUAGCACUAAUUCUAAAUUAGACAUUGGACGUAUACCUCAGUCUAGUGAUUCAGAAAGCCAUUUUGACAAAAGGUUUUCCCGCUCCAAUGAGAUGAGACAAAUGGCUCAAAUAAAAAGGCACCAUAGUUCUGCCGUUACAAACAUUUACAAGAAAACAAAAGUCUUGUUCCAGAAGCCAUUCUGUGCAGUUAAUAACAGUACUAAUAACUAUAGAAGUAUGGAACCCGAAUUAGAAAAUGUGAGUUCUUCUCCACCAUGUAGUUACAGAACAUCAGAAGUAUGUCUAAAAGAAGAAUUACAGCAAGAUGUUCAAAAGUUUAAGAACGAGAUAGGCAUGUUACAGAUAGACAUCUGGGAUUUGGAAAAAAAGAAAGUUCAACUUCAAAAAGAGAUUAAUGAAGAAAAGAAGAGACACCAACGUAAUGAGACGGCAGUAUUAGAAAACAUAUAUGCUGUCGCUGCUGCUGCUGCUGGACUAAUUCAACAAAGAGAGAGUGGAAAAACUGAAAACCACCUCUUUCCUGUUGGGAAAAAGGAAGAUUUUGAUGGUAGUGAUCCUGGUUUGCAUAUGAAGGGAGUAAGGAAAGAUGAAAAUGAAAAAUGGACAUCAGAAGUAUCUGUGAUUACACCAGGGCUUGAGAAGGCGGAUUCCCUACCUUCUCGUCCAGUACAAGUGAAUGAUGACAGCACUUCAAGUGAAAUGGAUCAGGAUGAAGUAAGACCUGCAAAGAAAACAUCUCAUGAAAAGAAAGAGGUCAAAAAGCAAAUUAAUUUUAUGGAUGACCUUGACUUAACUGAGUCAUCUGGAACAGCUUCAGAGGAUUCCAAGUUGCCUUGCUCUAAUUAUAUGAGUUGCAAGUCGCUAACUGUACAAGUUGGCCAGGAUCGUAAAGAUUCUACUACUUUACUAGAAAUCCAGGAUGCGAUUCUUUCAUAUCAAAAAUUAGUAGAACUUAAAAAUCAGUGUAAACAACUUAAAAGAAAAAAUAAAGAAAUGGAAAAUAAAGUUAAUGGACUACAAAAGGAGCUAUCAGAAACAAAAGAAUUGAAAUUGCAGUUGGAGCAUCAAAAAGUGAAAUGGGAACAAGAACUCGGCAGUUUGAGAUUUACCUUCACACAAGAAGAAGAGAAAAGAAGAAAUGCUGAUAAAUUAUAUGAAAAAAUGAGGGAGCAAUUCAGAGAAAAAGAAGAGCAGUAUAAUAAAGAAGUUGAAAUGAAACAACAACUUGAACUUCGUCUUGCAACAGUAGGUGCGGAAUUGAGGACUGUAAGAAAUAAUUUGGAUCAGGUUGUAGAAGAGCGAAAUGACGCUAAGUUACAACUUUCUCGAGAACAGAAUGCCAGAGUACAAGAUGGAAUUCUAAAGAAUCACCUUUGCAAACAAAAGGAGAUAGAAGUGGGUAAUAACAGAAGAAAUUCUGGGGUAACGGUGAGACACCUUCAACUAGAACUGGCUGAUUCCCUAAAAAAACAAUCUAUGUCAGAGGCUUCGCUGGAGGUUACAUCACGUUGCCGUAUUAAUUUUGAAGAUGAGACACAGAAUUUGAGGAAGAAAUUAGGUCAAAUCAGAAGUCAGUUGCAAGAAGCACAAGAUCGACAUGCAGAGGCUGUAAGAUGUAUUGAGACGUCGAAAGAUCACAUGCAAAAGCUUGAAGUUGAAAAUGCGAAGUUAAAAGUUACAGUCAAAAACCAAGCGCGCAAAAUUGAACAACUUCAGGAAAACCUGUUAAGUACAAGUUUGGGACAGAUAAAGAAAUUUAUUGAGUUGAAAGAACGUCUGGAAUGUAGUUUGGAUCAAGAAAUGAAGAAAAAUGGUGAAUUAGAAAAAGAGAUUACUAGAUUUAAGAAACUCUUAAACGUGACAAGGAGAAAGUUAAGUGAAUAUGAAGGUGGAGAGCUUACUUUCCCUGGAAAUUCAAAAACCAAUCAAAUUGAAAUGGAUAGUCAGAUUAAUAUGCUAAAACAGAAGGUUGAUGAUCUUACAGCAAAACUGGAAACUGCGUCUUCAAAAUGUCUAUACCUGGAUGCAAACAACCAGCUUCUUACCCAGGAGUUAACAUCUAUGAAAGAAAUGCAGAAGAAGUAUGAAAAACUAAAGAAGAACAAAAAGAAGUUGGAACAACAAGUAGUAAACUUCAGAAGUCAUGCAGAAUUCAGUAUGGUAGAAUACAGUAAAAUAGAACAAUAUAAACGGGAGCUUGAAGAAAGAGCAAGAUUGGACAUAACAGAAAAAUUAAAAGAAGCCAAUCUGUUUUUCCAGAGACAAAUAGCAUCUCAAGAAAGCUUAGGACAGAUAAGAGAAACUACUAAUGCUUUAAUGAGAAAUCAAAUGGAAACCAGAAUUGAAGACCUGGAAUUUGAACUAUCCAGAAUGAAAAGUUCUCAAGAUUUUUAUGAAACAGAAUUGGAAAAAUACAAGCGACUCUACCUAGGAGAAUUAAAAGUUCAAACGUCAUUGUCAAAUGAACUGAAGAAGACUAAUGAGAAGCUAGCUGGCAGAGAGACCAGUACCAAACUUCUGGUGGAGACACAGGAAAAAACGUCUUUGAUUAAUACUAUUGCUAUGACCCCUGUCCUAGAAUUGCCUUCUGUUAGAAAUAUGAAUAACAGUUCACUGUUGAAUACAUAUGUUGCUCCAAGAGAAAACCUAGUGAUUCCUACCUCAAGCUCAUGGCCUAAAAAGAAUGGCAUCGAGACUUUCUUGACCAAGAUGCAGCAGGAGAUGGAAAGGAAUAUAACUAGAGAACUAGAAGAAGAAGCUGCUGAAUUUGAAUUAGACUCAUGGCAUAUGACCUCCUCUUUAGAAUGUACUUAUGAAUCAUAUGUAAAUGACGAUCUACUAGCGAAAUCAUCAAAAGAAUUUUUACAGACUUAGAAGAAAAAUUAUAUGUUCUGAAAGACAAACAGUAAAAUUUAUUUACUGGAUGUUUGUAUAACAUUUUAAUUCUGUCCUACUAAACGUAUUGUGUGAAAAUCUUGAAUAAAGGAAAAUACUUCUGGA